CAUUAAAACCCCCAAAAAUUUUAACCUAAAACUCUCUCUCUCUACGCCUUUUCUCUCUCUAGAACCCCCUCUCCUCCCAUGGCGUACACCCCUCAAUCCCCCAAUCGCAGCCACAGCGACGACGAAGCCACCUCAAAUCGCCGACUCUACAACCCCUACAAGGAUCUCAACCUCCCCUCCCAAACCCUAUACCACCUCCCCACGCAGCCGGAGUUCCUCUUCCAGGAGGAAUCCAUCGCGCAGCGCCGCUCCUGGGGGGAGAACAUCACCUACUACACCGGAAUCGGCUACCUCGCCGGCGCCACGGGCGGCGCCGCCCAGGGCCUCGCCACCGCGGUCAAGGCGAUCGAGCCGACGGACACCACGAAGCUCAAAAUCAACCGGAUCCUCAACGGCUCGGGGCACAGGGGGCGCCAGAUCGGGAACCGCUGCGGCGUGAUCGGGCUGAUGUACGCCGGCCUCGAGAGCGGCAUGGUCGCGUGGAGGGACACGGACGACGUGAUCAACAGCGUCGUGGCGGGAUUGGCCACCGGAGCGCUGUACAAGGCGGCGUCGGGGCCGAGGGCGGCGGCGCUGGCCGGAGCGCUCGGAGGCGUGGUGGUGGGAGCUGCUGUUGCCGGGAAACCCUACUUGAAACGAUAUAUCCCGCUGUGAUUCAGUGAAUUUUAAACUUUUUUUUCAAAUUAAUUGGGGAUUUUGAAUUUUGCGUUUUUGUUGGUGAUCUUCGAUUAAUUAAUUGAUGGCUUAAUGUUGCUUAGGGUUGCAAUUUUGAUAGUGGCAAUUGAUAUUUAAGUCUCUUGGCUUAAAAUGGGCAAUUUGUAGUGAGUAUAUGAUAUCUAUGUUUUACUUCUCUUGUUAGUAUCGUAGGAUGAGGAAUCAGGUUCCUGAAUAAUGCCCAGGAAACAUUGGCUACUAUUAUCCUUAAGUAUUCAUUUUCUUGUAAUGUUGUCUA